CUCUCUCUCUCUCUCUCAUCUUCUCUCUGAGGCGAGGUGCCGACACACGUCGUAGUAGCUGUGAGGUGCUACUCGUCGCACACACGCACACACAGACACACCGGGGAUAUUCCGAUCCUGUCAAGAACAACAGCGCCUUGUCGUUGCUACUCCACUCGAAAAGAAUAGACCUUGGAUCUUCUUCUGCUUCUACUUCUGCUUCUGCUUCUGCUUCUUAAACUGCCCCAAUGUCUUUUGAGACGGCCACUCUGGAGCAUGCGGCCCAGCGCGCCGUUGUGUGUGCCAAGCCCAGUGACUCUAUUCGAUCGGUUGUCGAACUCUUCCAUCGGCAUUCUAUCCUCAGCUGUCCGGUCGCUGAAGAAAGCACCCCGCCCAAGUACCACGGGCUUGUUGAUGUCAUGCGCGUGGUUGAUUUGAUGCUGCAAGCCUUUGAGCACCCCGCUGCCAUCGCGGAAGUGGACGAAGACUCCAUCGACGACCAGAUUGAGGCCAAAGCCGGCGCCGUCUUUGACGCCCUCCCCUCAGAGUUUGCCCAUCAAGCCGUCGGAGACAUUGACCUCUUGCCUUUUGACCCUCUUCCCGAGGGCUGCACGCUCAAGGAAGCCAUUUGCCGGAUGGCUGAUACCAAGGCCAAGCGGGUGCCCAUCAUCAAUGAUGCGGGCGUUGUGGUGGACAUGGCAAGCCAGAGCGCCAUUGUGCGCCAGCUAGCAAAGAAGACUGCCCUUUUCCCUGAUCUGGCUGCGACUCCCCUCAAAGAUUUGGAUCUCGGCGCGCCCCGUGAUCUUUUUUCUGUGACGGCUGAGCAACCCGUGACGACGGCAUUUGACCUGAUUCGCACAGAGAAAGUUUCUGCCAUUCCCGUUGUGGCUGACGGCGACCAGCUCUUGGGCGAGAUUGAUGCCCGCUUUGUGUACUACAUCAGCACCGCGGCGAACAAAAUGUUUCUGCUGAAUCAGACCUGCCGGCAGUUUCUCGUGUACAUGAGCAAAUUUCCGGGCUGGGGCUCCAAUGCAGAGGUGCUGACUGCUGAGGAGACAGAUACGCUUGGCGACCUUCUGGGACGGGUAUCGACAGCUCACAAGCGCCGCGUGUAUCUUUUGAACAAGGGCGCGCCUGUGCGCGUCAUUUCGCUGCGCGAUCUUCUUGUCCUGUUUGAGAGCUUGUAA